AUGGCUGACCCACGGGAGACACCACGUCUGGAGAGUGAAGAAAUAGAAAUGUCAGUCCUCCAGGGGGAUUUCAACCGCCAGGAUCCGGGGAUACCUCCGCCUCUUCCGCCCAAACAGUCCCGGAAGGAUCCGUAUUGUCGCCCCGAACAGACCUGGACGGAUCCGUCCUGUCGCCCCAAACAGACUCAGGGGCUACAGUCUCGUCACUCCGGACAAAUUCCGGAGGAUCCGACUCACCGUUCUAGAUGGAGACGUGGAAGAAGGAAAUGGAAGGUACCGUCUAGUCACACCCAGGAGACCCUGGGACUACCGCCUCGUCCCCCCGAACAGGCUCCAGACGAACCAUCGGUGACUCUACUCCUCCCGAAACAGAGAGACGGGAGAACGGCAGGCGUGUACCGGCACAGGCUACGGGAGGAAGACCUCGUCAAGCUGCCGCUGAACCCGAUGUACGGGGCAGACCUAGAUCUACCGUCAGAACCCGAUGACCAACAAGCAAAUCCAAACGAUGUGGUCGGGGCAACACAAGCCGAGAUGUCAGCCUCGGGCGAUCCGGCAGACCAUAGUACACCAGCAGACGGCCCCGGUCAUCCUCCGAACCGAGAUGCCCGCAGCGCCCGGCCGGUACCCUCUACCCAGAGGCCAGGAAUAACCACCGGCGGGGCCCAACCUGGGCACACGUAUGAGGAUGGGGACACGUUCAUGGGUCUUGGACAACCUCUGAACCGAAAAGCACCGACUCUUCCGUCUACACCGAGGCCAGCAAGAAGCACCGACGGAGACCGUCCUGUGACGGCCGCCACACACACCUACAAGGACGGGGAUGCCUUCAGGCAGGGUCUCGGGCCAGCCCUGAACCGGGAUGACGGCCCACCACCUGUCCCUUCAACACCGAGACCCGGAAGACGGCCCGGCGGAGCCCAACAACUGCCGAGCUGGCCACAGAUGCUGCUGAAUCCGCAAGCCAUCCUCGAUCAGCUGCAGCCAAACGCCAUGUACGACUCCAGCCCUAACCAGCCUCCAGCCGUAGCCCAAGAGAGUCGCACCAUUUGGGGACGACUACGUCAUCGCCUGUCGACACGCCUGCUGAUUGGUGCUGCCAUAUCGUCCGUUGUCAUGGUGACACUGAUGAUCGUAGUCCCUGUACUUCUGACGCACUUCUGCCGCUCUUGCAACCACGACUCUUCGGCUACAACCAAAGUGGAACAUAACACCACUGGAAGUACUGCUCUGAUGAUGAAGACUGACCAAGUGACAUCGGCUGACGUCAUCAAGGUGAGUCCGGUCCACGGACGUGGUCCCUCACACGUCAUCACUGUAGCACGACCCGCACCAAUCAACAAGCCUGUUGCAACAGGACCUGCACCAACCAACAAGCCGGUUUCAGCCACUACUACUGAAGACAAAGGCGACAAAAAACACGUCAUCACCUUUGGCGAUGGGUCGGGGGCUGAAAAACUGCGCGGCGCACGCGGGGUCGCAGUUUCCCCCGACAGCAAUAUCUGGGUGGCUGUCCAGUCCCAGGCCAGUCUCCAAGUGUACAGCAUGGCUGGCGCCUUCCUGUACAAGUUCCCACAGGGUGGCCCAGGGCUGGGGUACACGUCGAAGAGGCCAGUUGAUGUGUCCAUCGAUAAAGAUGGCCACCUGUGGGUCUUGAUGAGCGGGUACCCUGCCAACCGCGACACCCUGGUACAGUUGGACAGGGAAGGUCAUCUCAAAGCCAAGUUCGACCUCCCUGACAAUAUACCACGGGGGGUGCUCCGCGGAAUGGCCGUGGGCUUGCAAAACGACCACGUUUUCGUCACCUGGUCUGACGGUUACAGUGGCGGUGUGCAAGCCUUCCAGCCAGACGGGACACACCUGUGGGAUGGCCAGCGGGGGAUGAGGAGGCCGAUGUACGUCGCUGCUAACGAGGAAGGGAACAUCUUCGUCACCGACUCCGACACUCACUACAUCUUCAAGUUUAGCGAGAGUGGCCAGUACGUGUCAAGGUUCGGAGGACCGGGACAGAGCGGUGGCGGCCUGAGUCAUCCUCGCGGCAUCUGUGUGGACAGUUCCGGUCACAUCAUGGUGGUGGACACGAACAACCAGCGCGUGGUGGUGUUCACAAGCCGGGGUAGGUAUGUCCGCCACAUCGCCGUCCGUGCUGAAUACCCAAAAGGGGUUGCAGUGGGGCCGGGAGGACAGCUGGUUGUGACCAACAUCAACACAAUCACUGUCUUCCCCCACUACUGA